AACGCGCGUGCACUUGGACUCUGGCCACAUUUCAACGCAGAUAGCGCAGCCGCCUCUCAUAUCUACAAGCAUUUCCCUUCAAAAGUAAAGGGCUCGGUCGCAGUCGGCAAACGCAUUUCGAGGGAACUCACGUCAAUUUUGUUAAAUUUACAGCAAAAAAGAAAAAUGUUGGCUCGCAUUUUCUUCGUCCUGGCCAUCGUCCAGUUUUCCAACGUGAUCGAGGCUCUGGAAAAGCGUUUGUCUGACUCGGUCGUUCUCGGCACCAGCUGCAAAAUCCGCAGCAAGGCCCUUCCCGACGAGUACCUGACGCAGCUGCCCAAGGACCAGGCAGGUCUGGUGGCCUCGGCGCCGCUGAACGGAAGUCCCUUGAACGCCAAGUGGCGCAUUGACCAACUCACCGUGGACAGUUACAACUAUUUCGAAAUCUACAACCGGCAGUUUGAAACGUACCUGACCAAUUAUUACUACUCGGAAAUGUGGAUGGCCACCGGCGCCAAGCAGAACUUCGCCUCCUCCAACAAGUGGGACACUCUUUGGAUCGUGGAGCCUGCCCAGCUAAACGUGCCCGUCACCAUCAAACACGCGGUCACUGGUUCGUACCUGACCGUGCCCAAAGGGAACUUUGCCCAGAGGCACGUCAUCCUUUCCAGCCGCCUCAGCAGCGGAAGCGAAUCCAAAUGGGAAAUUAUUUGCUAAAUUUUUCCCUUUUUUUAAAGUAAUCUCAGUAAUGAUUUUUAUUUGUGAGUCUGAAAUAACUCAAAAGUUUCAUUAUUUAAAUUGAAAUUAACGAUUGAAAAAUUUGCACUCUUUAGGGUUGACCUCUACGGCCAAAAGCGUUUUAGGUGCGAAUUUUUUGAUCGCGAUAUCGAUUUCAGUCAUGAAAUGAGUUAUCUCGAAAUUAAAAAAUGAAAUCAUAACUGCAGGGGUACUUUGAAUCAUUUGAACAUUUUUUUCAAAUAAAGAAUAUACAGAAACGAAAACAGA